GGCUGCUAACUUUAGACUGGUUUCGGUUGUCAGUUGUACGAAUAUCAUAUGUUUUGUUUUGUUUUGAGAAAUCUAAAUAGGUCUUAUUAACUUCUGGUUUCUGUUAGUAAACAAACAAAGUAGUUUAAUUGAACAGUAGAGUAGCUACUGUGUAGAAUGUCUGUCAAUGGAAAUACAGAACUUCGUGACUUGGUGUCACAAACAUUGGAAAAUACCGGAGUUUUAUCAAAGAUUAGGGCAGAACUUCGAGCGAAUGUUUUCUUGGUGUUAGAAGAACAUGAAGCAUUUAAGGGCAGAAAUCUACCAUUUUGCAAUUCGGUUUUGAAAAACUUUUUAUCUACUCAAGAAGGUAUUGCUGCCAUAAGCCUAGUAAGAGAGUUUCUGGAGUUUUUUGGUUUGGAGUUCACAGUGAGUGUUUUCGAACCAGAAACUCAAGCUGGCAGUGACUAUACAUAUGUGGGACGCAACAAACUUGCUCACAAUCUUAAACUGGACUCAGGGAAGAAAUCACCUCUAAUCGCUCAAAUUCUGCAACAAACUAAACUACAUGUUCCUGCAACUACAGUUCCUAUUGCAAAUAAAAUACAGGAACCGGUUAAUAAUUCUCUGAGGAAAGAAAAGCCAAGAGAAGAAAAGAAAAGUCAAGAAACAAACAAUUUAAACCAUAUUGUAAAAACAGAUGUGACUAACGGUCCCAGUGAGAGUUUGGACCAGAAACAUCCACAGCCUCCUCCACCUUCGUUCCAGAACCACAACAAGAAGCCUGACAGCCUUAAACUAGAUCUCAGUCAGAUGAACGUAAAAUCUGCAGGAGGUUCAAUGUCAUCUCUCGGUUCUCUCCCUCCUCUUGGAAUGAAUCCGACCACCAAGAGUAACAGUGGCAGGAACUCCAAGCAUGUGUCCAGUGACAUCAAGGCACUUUUAGACCUAGGAUCUGAUUCACCAGAACACUAUGAGGAGGAUUUCCAUUUGUCCGGAAGUGAGAAGACUAGUAAAGGCACCAACAGGUCAUUGUCUGGCAGUGGCAGCGAGAUAGAGGAGGAGAUGUCUGUAGGGAUUGAUGACCAAGAUCAGGAUCAUGACCAACCUGUAACAGAUCAGAGUGGCAGUGGCAGUAGCAGUUACAGUGGCAAUGAGAACACUCCCAGGGACUUAUGAUAAAGUGUCAUCUCUAGUUUACUGUACUGUUAACAAUCACCAUCUAUUUCAUUAUUAUGGGUUAUUUGUAAUUCACAUUGUAAAUAACAAUUUGACCAAACUAGUUACUACGGGGUUACUACAUGUUUAUCGGCCACUAUGAUUCUAGUAUAAAUGUAAUCUUGUUUGUACAACUGUAUAGAAGUAAUAUCGGUGCAACCAAUAAAUAUAAUAUGAUCUCUGGCAA